AUGACCACACCUUCGGCAACAUCAUCGUCUACCAUAUCCUCUACAUCUAAAUAUUCGGCGACAAUGUCUUCUACAGCAACCUCUUCUUCUACCAUGACCUGUACAUCAACAUUGCUGACGACUACAUCUUCUGAACCAACCUCAUUGACCACAGUGUCCUCUACAUCAACGUCUUCGCCGACGGCAUCCUCUGCAUCGACAUCGUCAGCUACCGGUCUUCUACAUCGAUAUUUUGAUGGGCACAUCUUCUACAUCAACAUCUCCAAGUCGCACGUCCCCUACAUCAACAUUGCUGACGGCCACGCGUUCUACAACAACAUGAUCGACUACGACAUCCUCCGCAUCAAUGUGUCCGCCGACCACACCGUCUACACCAACCUCCUCGCCUACCACAUCCUCUACAUCAACAUUCUGGCGGUUUCUACUUCUACAUUCAUAUUAUCCACUACCGCGCCCGCUGCAUCAACAUGUUCGCCGAGCACCUCUACAUCGACAUCGUCGACUACCACAUCCUCUACACCAACAACGUUGACAACGACACCUUCUACAUCCACAUCUUUGACUUCCACGUUCUCUACAUCAACAUGUCCGCCGAACACCUCUACAUCGACAUCGUCGACUACCACAUCCUCUACACCAACAACGUUGACAACGACACCUUCUACAUCCACAUCUUUGACUUCCACGUUCUCUACAUCAACAUGUUCGCCGAGCACCUCUACAUCGACAUCGUCGACUACCACAUCCUCCACAUUAUUUUGGAUGGGCACAUCUUCUACAUCAGCAUCGUGGGCUACCACAUCCUCUGCUCCGCCAUUUUCGGUGGCCGCAUCUACUACAUCAACAUGCUCGACGACCACAUCGUCCACAUCCACAUCAACAUCAUUGCCGACCAUAUCUGACACAUCAAUAAGCUCGACGGCCACAUCUUCUACAUCAGCAUCGGCGACUACCACACCGUCUACAUCAGCAUCGUUGACGGCCACUGCUUCUACGUCCACAUCAUCGACUACCACGUCCUCUACAUCAUCAUGUUCGCCGACCACACCUUCUACAUCAGCAUCGUCGACUAUUGCACCCUCUACAUCAGCGUCGCUGAUGGCCACAUCUUCUACAUCCACAUCAUCGACUACCACUUUCUCUACAUCAACAUGUUCGUCAACCACCGUGGACUACAACGUCCUCCACGUCAACAUUUCUGACGACCACACCUGCUACCUCCACAUCUACAUCAUCGACUACCCCAUCCUCGACAUCAGUGUCUUCGCCAACGACAUCUUCAACAUCGACACCGUCGGCUACCAUCUCUUCUACAUAAUUACAUUCGAUGGCUACAUGUUCUACGCCAACAUCAAGGCCCACGACAUCUUCUACACCAACCCCGUCGACGACACAUCUUCUACAUCAGCGUCAUCGACUACCGGGACCUGUACAUCAUCAUCGACGAGCACAGCUUCCACGUCAACAUCAUCGACCACAAGAUCAACAUCAUCAUCUCCACCGGCCGCAUCCAUCAGUCCCCUAUCAGUGCCCUUUACGGCAAGAUCCCUCGUCGACCACAUGGUGUAUGACAGCUCCCCACCUCUGCAGUCACCGUCCACCAUCAACGGCCGCAUCCUUUACACGUCUUCUACCACAAACUACAUCCCCAGCGAGAUCCUCCACGAAAGCACGUUCCACGACAACAGUCUCUACAACGACAUCCUCUAUGACGAGAUCUACCACAACUGCAGCUUCUACGACAACGCAUCUUCGUAA